UGCUACACGAUCAAGUCGGCCGGCAAAAUACGCUUGGAAGAGGAACGUCGCUACCUGCAAAACUCACAAAAAUGGCUGGCGGAGGAGAACAAAAAGCUUCAGCAAUGCUGCAAUCAUCAAGAACUGCUGCUGUGGGAUCGUCGUCAGGCCUUUCUCUCUGUACACCAGGGCGUUCUCGGAACAUUGCAGAAUAGUGACAGACACUCGUGUCAGAUAAGUGAGCUACAAUGA